GAAAGUUCAGCGCUGCCUGGAUUGAUGUGUGGAGGUUCCAGUAAACGAAUCUUACGGUUUUUUUUUCAUUGUGAAGUCUCUGCCGAGUUUCAUAAUCAGAAAGGUGAAGCGUCCAUUGGGGACUUAUACGUGAACUGAGAGACUUGCCUCUUGUUUUUCUUCCCAAAGAAAUAGCAGCCUACAUUUCUGGCGUUUCUAAGUUGCGAUGGACCAGUUAAACCGCCGGUGGAUAUUGCAGCUAUUGACGCUUUAUAUAACAUUCCCAAUUAAUGAAUGCAUCACUAGAACAUACUACAUCGGAAUUAAAGAAGAAAGAUGGAACUAUGCACCGAGCCGCAAAAAUCUUAUUACUGGGACACCAAUCGCUGGUGACGAGCACGCAUCUGUAUUCCUGCAGCAAGGCCCGCAUCGGAUAGGAAGUGUUUAUAAGAAAGCACUGUACAAGGAGUUCACGGAUGGGAGCUACAAUGAGGAAAUUGUCAAACCAGGCUGGCUGGGCUUUCUGGGUCCAGUUCUGAGGGCAGAGGUGGAUGAUGUCAUAAUUGUCCACUUGAAGAACUUUGCUUCCCGACCAUAUUCCCUCCACCCACAUGGAGUUUUCUAUGAGAAGGACUCUGAAGGGGCUCUGUAUCCUGACGACACCUCGGGGAAAUUAAAGUGGGAUGACGCAGUCCCCCCGGGAGGGAACUACACCUACAGAUGGAUCGUUAAGCCGGAGUAUGCGCCCACAGACAAGGACGCCAACUGCCUGACCUGGGUGUACCACUCCCACGGGGACGCCCCACGGGACAUCUCUUCAGGCCUCAUCGGGGCCCUCCUCACUUGUAAAAAAGGCACCCUGUCGCGGGCGUCCGGCCAUCGCUCCGAGCUGAAUCGCACCGAUGUUGACCGGGACUUCAUCCUGAUGUUCAGCGUGGUGGAUGAGAACCUCAGCUGGUACCUGGAGGAGAACAUUGAGAACUUCUGCUCGGAUUCAAAGAGCGUGGACCCUGAUGAUGAAGACUUCCAGGAGUCCAACAAGAUGCAUGCCAUUAAUGGGUACGUGUUCGGGAACCUGCCCGGCAUGGAGAUGUGCUUGAAUCAGAGCGUGUCCUGGCACCUGUUCGGGAUGGGCAACGAGGUGGACAUCCACUCCGCCUACUUCCACGGCCACACUGUGCUUGACCGGGGCCACCGCGCCGAUGUCCUCAGCCUGUUCCCGGCCACCUUCGUCACCGCAGAGAUGAUCCCAAGGACGACAGGGAAGUGGCUGCUUAGCUGCCAAGUAAAUGACCACGUACAAGCUGGGAUGCAGGCCUUUUAUCAGGUCUCAUCUUGUGGAGAGAAACAUGGUCCUGGGGAGCCCCCUGGUGGCAGAGUGAGGCAGUACUACAUCACUGCCGAGGAGCAGCUGUGGAAUUAUGCACCACUGGGGAUUGACACUUUUGACAAUCUGUCACUAACAACCCCUGAAAGCCACUCUGAAGUGUUCUUUGGCAGAAGUGGCGGCAGGUUAGGAGGAACGUACCGGAAGGCUCAUUAUGUGGAGUACACUGAUGAUACUUUUACGACCAAGAAAAAAAGGAAUGCGGAAGAGGAGCACCUCGGAAUUCUGGGCCCCAUAAUCAGAGCGGAGAGGGGCGACCUCGUUGUAGUGACGUUCCUGAACAACGCCAGCAGGGGGUACAGCAUCCAGCCUCACGGCCUGCAGUAUGAGAAAGAGUAUGAGGGAGCGAUGUAUGAGGAUGAUGCCCGGAGACACGGCUCGCUGGUCCGACCGGGUGACAGAUUCACCUACAAGUGGCGAGUGACGGAGGGCCCCUCUGCCAGUGACCCAGCAUGCAUCUCUUACCUGUACUAUUCAGCCAGUGACCCAGUACAAGACACCAGCUCAGGGCUCAUAGGCCCCCUGCUUGUGUGCAAAAAGGAUACACUGGACGAGAGCGGGUCACGGAGAGAUGUUGACAGAGAGUUUUUCCUGCUCUUCUCUGUGAUGGAUGAGAACCUCAGCUGGUACCUGAAGGAAAACAUCCAGAUGUUUGGGAACAGUAACUCUGACCCAGAGAAUGAAGAAUUUCAGGAGAGCAAUAAGAUGCAUGCAGUGAAUGGGUUCAUGUAUGGGAACCUCCCUGGCCUGGAGCUAUGUGACGGGGAACGCGUCUCCUGGCACAUGCUGGGUUUGGGCACGGAGGUAGACAUCCAUGGGGUCUACUUCCAGGGCAACACCUUCCAGCGGGAAGGCAUGACCCGGGACACUCUGAGCCUCUUCCCCCACACUACAGUGACUGUCACCAUGGUGCCAGACAACGAUGGCACGUUUGAGGUAAGCUGCAGAACAAGUGAUCACUACCUGGGCGGAAUGAGGCAGCACUAUUCAGUGAAAAGGUGUCAGCCGCGGGACGUCCAGCAUACCAGCGCGGCCCUCUCUAUUGUGCAAUACUUCAUCGCUGCCGAGGAGGUGGUCUGGGACUACUCCCCCAGCAGGGCCUGGGAGCUUGAGAAGCACAAUGCUUCUGAAGAGAGCAGUCCUGGAAACAUAUUUGUUGGAAAAGGAGAGAGACAGAUUGGCUCCAAGUACAAAAAGGUUGUGUACAGGGAGUACACCGAUGCCACCUUCAGGACACGCAAAUUGAGGCUGCCACAAGAGGAACAUCUAGAGAUUCUGGGUCCAAUUAUCAGGGCAGAGGUUGGAGAGCGUGUUCUGGUGAACUUCAAGAACAAGGCUAGCAGGCCGUACUCCAUACAUGCCCACGGAGUGGAGAUACACAACUCUCACCUGCUACCUGUCCAGCCAGGCAGUAAGAAACAGUACCAAUGGGAUGUUCCAAAACGGGCUGGUCCAGGACCCUCUGACCCAAACUGUAUCUCCUUUGCAUAUUACUCAACGGCUGAUUUUGUGAAGGACACGGUCAGUGGGCUGAUUGGUCCUCUGGUCAUUUGCAGGAAGGGAACGCUGGACAGCAGCAGACUGAGGAGCGAUGUGGACCGGGAGUUUGCUCUGCUCUUCAUGGUGUUCGAUGAAAACGAAUCCUGGUACCUGGAGGAGAACGUCCAGACCUACCUCGAGAACGCCAAUGAAAGUCUCCUCACAGAUGACGAAUUUCAGGAGAGUAACAAAAUGCAUGCCAUCAAUGGGAAACUGUAUGGCAAUCUCGGAGGCCUGGUCAUGUCAGAGGGGGAGAAGACCGACUGGUACCUUUUGGGGAUGGGCAACGAAGUGGACAUGCACACUGUCCAUUUCCAUGCACAGAGCUUCAUAUACAAGACGGACUAUGCUCACCGUGCAGACGUGUAUGACCUGUUCCCUGGAACGUUCCAGACAGUGGAGCUUGUCGCAGGGAAUCCUGGGAGGUGGUUGCUGCAUUGUCAUGUGACAGAUCACAUCCAUGCUGGCAUGGAGACCACCUUCACUAUCAAGAGUAAGAAAGGAAGAAGUGGGCCUUCCAGCAAAGCUGCUUCCGGACUGAAAAACACCCUGUUCACACUGACAUCGUGGGACUUGGGGGCAGCGGCAACACUAGUGUCCCUUGUUUGGUUUGGACUCCUGCCUUUAGCACUUUAGCGUUUAGGCUCAGCACCCGUAUACUGCUUUCAUGACACUGAUAAGAAAUUAUUGAGAAAUUGUACAUAUUAUUGCAGAAAUUGGCAACCUAUGAUUUCAUAUCUAACUCUCAGUUACCAAUAGAAUGAAAAUGGUGGAUAAUGGUGGACUUCAGACAUUCUGAGACACACAGAAAGGCUGGUCUUUCUUUCUGUGUCUUGUUGACUUAUUCAGCAUCUUUGGCUGAAAUUCAAAAUUAUGUGUUUUAGCCAGGUUUAUAUUAUAUCCUGACUAGAGACAGUGUGAAGCAGGGCAAGAGCUGUCUAUUAGGCAUGCUGCUAUAGCUGAUAUCAACACCAGCUCAUAUGAUUAUCCCUCCCUGUGUAUUUAAACCAACCCCCUUCCCCUACCACCAGCAUCAAAAAGGGAAGGUGAUCCAGUUGCUGCCAGGCUAUGACACCAUUUGAUCACAACCUGUUCGUUUAUGUAGAAAAGCACAUAAGAACACUCCUAUGCUUUACACUUGCCCUCAUAUCUAUUUCACUUUGACUCUCUGAAUUCAGUAGAGAAAAGGAUGCCAAAUUCCUGCACUUUACCAAUGUGACUCUUCCUGCAACAUUGUGAUUGCAGUUUUGAGAAAAUUGUAUCAACCAGGGAGUAGGACACAGAAUGUUUUGGGUCUUUCUCACUUACAGAGGAAGACAAUAAUCAAAAGUCAUGAUUAUAUUUAGAUAAAGAAGCACUUUCACCUACCCCAACGUCCUUUGUGGGACCACCUUGAAAUACAAAUGACAACGAACCAAAUUUGUACUAGCACCUUUACUUCGUCUUAGCCAUACUGAGGAUGUUAAGAAUAUGUCUUUACAUGUAAGAUGAUGUACAAAAUGCUUUAAAUUACAUAUGUGCCAGGGGGCUCCUCAGAAGGUGCUUGAGCGGAUCAGGCUGAGUUUUUCCUUUCAUUAGCUGACAAUAGUCAGGAGUCCGCAGCGGUGUAGCGACAUCCCGCUGGGGUACCCGGGGUUCUUCAACAAGGGACCGCUCGAUUCACUGCUGUAGCGCACUUGUGAGGUGCCAUAUGUGGUGCAUUGUGGGACCACACUGUGAAAAUAGCCAUUGGUUGCGUGCCAGUAUUUCGAAGGAAUGUAUUCAUCUUGUCUGAGUGCUCUUCUGUGAGCGUAGGUCUGUGAAGAGUCAAACCUGCUGAAAAAUGACAGAUUCCAAAUUGGAUGAAAAAUGGGAAAAAGCGAGGAAAAAAGUACAAAACUGUGUGUGUGCCAUACAGGGUUUAAUGAAAGAUUGUUUAAUUUUUCAUCAGUAAUGUUGUACACUGUAAGCAUUUCAUCUUUGUAUAAUCUAUUUUAUGGACAGACAAAUAUCACUACAAAAAAGUGGACAAACAGAGUUGCUAGUGUCCUGAGGACUUUGUAUUUUUCAAUUAACAUAUCUUAAACUUUAUCUGGAUAGUGAGGCAAUAUUUAUAAAUUUGUUUGCAGCAAGUGUUUGCAUUGUAAUAUUGAAGUUGAUUUUAAAAUAAGAAAACAUUUCAUAGUCAUUACAGUUUUGCC